AUGAAGGCCACGAUAUCUCCCCUCUCUGUGGCUGUCCGGGGCACUCGCUCCUGGACGUGCGCCAAAUGUCGCAGCCACCCAUUGAUGGCUGUCCGCGCACCGAGACCCUCCCAGACUCGAAGAUUUGCGUCGUCAUUCGCUCGUGAAGACUCACGACAACAGGCACCUCCCCGGUUCAGGAGAAAAGGCGCGGUUCUUCUCACGGCUACCGGUGGCGCUGCUGGCGCAGGGCUGCUGGCGUUCACCGACGACAUCAAGGCGAGCUACGAUGCGGCGGAGCGGACGGGCAGGGUCGCGUCCGCGCUAUUCAUAUGCAUCAACGAUUACCGAACUACCUUGAACCAGAGGGAAAAGACAAGCGACGAGGAGGAGCAGACGCGGAUGCUCAAGGAUUGCCACAAGAGGUGUGCUGUACGGACGCUCAGGGUACUCGAGAAGAAUGGCGGCAUCUUCAUCAAGCUCGGCCAACACCUGAGUGCCAUGAAUUAUCUCCUGCCCCUCGAAUGGACCACGACUUUCAUUCCUCUCCAGGACAAAUGCCCCGUCUCCUCACUCGAGUCGAUUCAGCAGAUGUACAAACAAGACACAGGUGACGAGCUCUUCGACUACUUCUCCGAAUUCUCGCCCGAGCCGAUCGGCGCUGCUUCCCUCGCGCAGGUACAUCUGGCCACCCUCAAGGAAAACGGACAGAGGGUCGCGGUCAAGGUCCAGCAUCCGAGCCUCGCUCAAUGGGCGCCGCUCGAUCUGGCCCUGACCAAGUUCACCUUUCAAACAUUGAAGCGCUUCUUCCCCGAGUACGACCUCGAAUGGCUGUCCUCGGAGAUGGAGGUCUCGCUGCCGCAGGAGCUGGACUUCCAGCAGGAGGCCGCCAAUGCCAUGCGGACGAAGGAGUACUUUUCACACAUCCCAGAGCUGCCCCUGGUUAUUCCGCAGGUCAUAUCUGCGCAGAAGCGGAUCUUGGCCAUGGCGAACGAGUCUGGCCACCGCUUGGACGACUUGGAGUACCUCGACGCCAACGGCAUCGACCGCGACGAAGUCUCUGCGAUGCUGGCGCGCAUCUUCAACGAGAUGAUCUUUGGCGAGGGCGCGCCGCUGCACUGCGACCCCCACGGCGGCAACAUCGCCAUUAGGAAGAACGACUCGCGGAGGCGAGGCCCCUACGGCGCCAACUUUGACGUCAUCCUCUACGACCACGGCCUCUACCGCGACAUCCCCAUGGACCUCCGCCGCUCGUACGCCAAGAUGUGGCUCGCCGUCAUCGACGGGGACAUGGACCGCAUGAAGAAGUACGUGUACGAGGUCGCGGGGGUCGGCGAGGACAAGUUCCCGCUCUUCGCCUCGGCCAUCACGGGCCGCGACUUCACCGUCGUCAGCUCGUCCAUCACGGCCGACAAGUCCGAGGACGAGAAGAAGAGCAUGGGCGACGCGCUGCAGGAGGGCCUGCUGGCGGACCUGGUGCAGAUGCUGGGCCAGGUGCCGCGCAUCAUCCUGCUCAUCCUCAAGACCAACGACCUGACGCGCAGCCUCGACGAGAACCUGCAGACCCGCUCGGGGCCGCUGCGCUCCUUCCUCAUCCUGGCGAGGUACUGCAUGCGCACCGUCUUCUACGAGCGGCUCGAGGAGAUCGGCCGCCUCGGCUCGCCCUUCUGGCCGCCCAACGCGCUGCGCCUGCUCGCGGCCUACCUCGGCUUCUGGCGCGUCGAGGUCAAGCUCGAGGCCUUUGAGCUGUGGAUCGCCGUCAAGCGCGCGCUGGGGAUGAACACGGCCGUCAUGGGCCUGUAG